UUUGUGUCUUUUGGUAUAUUUCUCGUUGUCUUUUUACUCGUGAUCUUUCGAGGUUUGCUUUGCUAGCUUCCGCAUUUACACCUGCUUAUUUCGGUCCUAACACGUAGAUCCAUCUUGUAAAAUUACAGUACACUGCAUUGUGGUUGUUGUAGUACAUAAAUAAAAUAAUAUUGGUCUAGACCCUUCUACUUUUUUAUUAUUUUUAGUACUAAAUUUUAAUUAAAAAGAAGAAGAAUAAGUACAGAUACUACGUACCUUAUUAAGUCAAAGAUGCAAAAACACAAGGUACCUAGUCGUUGCCAACUACUUUAAAACAACAUAACAAAAUAGCACUAUUUAUAGACACAUAAGUCCUAAAUGAUAUCCUGUAGGACAAUUUGUCUCCUAUGUAAUUUUAUAUGUAUUAUAUCACGUAAGAUUCGUAUAUUUACUUGUUUAACUUCAUACAAAUUGAACUUGUCUAUUUAUGCACACCCAAAAUUGAAUGACAUAGGAUAUGAUAUGAAACCAAAUUAAAAGGCGCAAAAAAAAAUAUUUUAAUAAACUUGAAAUUUUGCCUCAAACUCUUUAAAUUUUAAAAUUAAGGUGCCUUUUAAAUGAAAAAGAAAUUAUACAUCUAUUUUGCAAAUUAAGUUUUCAAAGUAUCCUUUUAGCCUAAUCAUCUCCAAAUACUAUGUACCAUAGUAAGUCAAAGAUGCAAAAUAUAAGCUACCUAGUUUGUUGCCAACCACUUUAAACAACAAACCAAAAUAAUAUAUAUAUUCUCCCCUUACACAAAAGCCAAUAAGCAUAAAGGUGAGUAGCCAAAUAAAUCAAGAAUUGUAAAAAUGGAUUUGAACAUGAAGCUAGAGAGAAAAUCAUCACUAAAAAAGUUAGGAAGAAGCAAAAGCACACUAUUAGCAUCAGAGUUAAUUAAUAUUCCUUGUGGAGAUACUGAUUAUUAUGAGAGAAUUUCACAAUCUAUGAGACAUGUUGAAAUGAUUGAUGAUGAUGAGGCCAUUCCAAUAAUAAGACAUAAGUGGAAGAAGAAGAAGAAAAGUAAAGCAUGGGUAUUUCUCAUGAAAGUAUUUUCUUUCAAGAAAAUGACAACAAGUGAUGAAAGUCAUGUUGUUGUUGGGGAAAAGUCUAUGGAAGUGGAUAAGAUGAACAAGAAGAAGAUGCAAUCUUUAUCAUGGGAAAGAAAUGGUGAAAUCACACAAAAACAAGAUGAAGUGUUGGUUGUGGAAAAGAAGAAAAUAAGGCCGCCUACGUUUCUUCCCGAUCCUUACAGACGAUGGCCUGUUCAAGGAUGGAGAUAUUGAAGAUUAAUUUUGAUUUAAAUCGAUUAUUCAUCGAUCAAGAAUUCUUGUUUAGACUGUUCAUAGUCAUAAUGUUUUUGAAUUUAUUUUUAAUUUAGGUCCUCCAUAUUUUUCUUUCUUUUUCAUUAAUGUUUUUUGAUCAUCUCUUUUUAUUUGUUUGAGAUAAAUUUAUAUCUUAUAAUAUCAUACCCCUAAUAAAGCUUUUUCCAUAAA